GUCCAACACAUAGUGUAAUCAGGAUAUUUCGGAGCAACCAAGAAAGUCCAGGAGAGAAAAGUAAUCAGAGUAGAGCCUGUGUACCUUGGUGUGUACUGUACGGUACCUAUUCCCAUUCCCAUUCCCAUUUGCUCACUUUCCCUAACACAAAGUCAGAUUUUGAUUACAACCCAUUCCUACAUACGUUCAAUGCAUGCUAGAUUUUGAUCACAGCAACCAUCUGCUGUGCUUUUGUUUCCCAGAAGAAGUCUCGGAGCCUCUAUGGAUCAUCAUCAAAUUUUCAUUGAUAUAGAGGAUGACAUUCCAAAAAACAGUACAGUAGUAGCACUGCCUGUUAGUGCCCUUAGUUCGGAUGACGAAGACGAGGGAAAUAGGAAAAAGCCACUUCAUUUGUAUCAGAAGGAUGUGCUGGAGCUGGAGCCUCCUCCCCACGGUCAUCAACAGGUCAUGGAUAUGGAUGAUGAAAAUCGUAACAAUGCUACAGAAACAGCGCCGCCUGUUGUUGUCCUGGGUUCUGAUGAUGAAGAUGAAGGAAGUAAGAGGCUAGUUCAACACCAGAAGGUUGUACUGGAGCCUGUUGGAAGAUUUCUGAAGAAGAACUUGCCGGAGUCUGUAACGGGCAAAGAUCAGAGUAAUGAGUUUGAAACUCUGCUUGGAGAAUUCGACAUUUGGAUAGAUAAAGAUGUAGAUGUUGGUGCAGCAGACGAUAGGGAUUGUUUAGAGAGCACAGACCAGAGUGAAGAGUUGGAAACUCAACUUGGAAAGAACUGUCUUGGGAUGGAUAAAGAUGCAAAUGUUGGUACAGCAAACAAUGCGGAUUGUUUAGAGAGAGAAGAGUUGAAAACUCCACCUGGAAAAGUUGAUAUUUGGACAGAUAAAGAUGUAUAUAUUGGUUUAGAAGACAAUAUGGAUUGUUCAGAGAGUAAAGAUGAGAGAGAAAAGGUGAAAACUCCACCUGGAAAAAUGGAUAUUUGGAUAGAUAAAGAUGUAUACAUUGGGUCAGAAGACAAUAUGGAUUGUGAAGAGAGCAUAGGUCAGACAGAAGAUUUGGGAACACUGCCUGGACAAAUUGAGAUUGGUAUAACCGAAGAUGUAGUAGAAAAUAUGAAGUAUGUGGCGAGCACUCAGACAGAAAAGUUGGAAACUCUGCCUGGCGAAAUUGAUACUGGGAUAGACAAAGAUAUAAAUGCUGGUGUAGCAUUCCAUAUGGUGAUUGGAAACGGGAACCAAAGAGCAUGUGAGAAAGAGGAGUGGAAUGGUCAAAUUAAUUACAGAGAGACUAGGGAAAAUAUGGAGUGGAUAGCUACAAGAACAGAGGUAGGAGUUCUGGCUGAUAACAUGGAUGCUGGGACAGACAAAUUGUGAUAAGGUGGUUGGGGAAGAUAAUCACAACACUUUCCAGUUUAAAGAACAAUAUCAGAAAAACGAUAUAGAGGAAGAUGAUCUAGCAGACAUAUGGAACGAAAUGACAAUGGCAAUAGAAUGUUCCAAGCUGAUGAAACAUCAGGUGAAUGUGGGGAAGAAUGUGAUCACAUUUGCAUCCUGAAGGGUGAUCUUGGGUUAGUUUGCCGUAUCUGUGGAGUUGUCCAACAAGGAAUUGAAACCACGUUUGAGUUCCAAUAUAGCAAGGUACUC